AUGUCGUUGACGAAUUCGAUUCUGACUGCAGCCACAGAAAAUACAAUCAGUGAGGACGAGAAAGCUGUUUACGAUCGACAAAUACGUUUGUGGGGUUUGGAAACUCAGAAUAGGUUGCGCAAUUCGACAGUGUUAAUUGUUGGUUUGUCGGGGUGUGGAAGCGAAGUGGCAAAGAAUUUAAUGUUAACUGGGUUAAAGUCACUAACCUUAUUGGACGAUAAAGCAAUUUGUGCGGAUGAUUACUCCAAUCAGUUUUUGUUACAACAUGGCAGUGAAGGAAAAAAUCGUGCUGAAGCAUCGCUGCAAAAAUGUCAGUUAUUGAAUCCGAAUGUGGAAUUACACGUGGAUACGGACAAUAUAUCCGAGAAAGAUGAAAAAUUCUUUACCAAUUUUGAUUUGAUUAUUUUGGUUGACCAAAAAUAUGUCGUUGUUAAUCAAAUCAGUAAAAUUUGUCGGAACGUUAGAAAACCAUUUGUCGCUGGAGGCGUUUUUGGUUGGAUAGGAUACGCAUUUUUUGAUUUUACAAAUUGUUCAUUUUUAGUAACUUUACCAAAAGUAAGGACAGGUGGUUUACUUGAAGAUGACUCUUUGGGAGAUGGUCCCUCAUUAACAAAGAAACCAAGAAUCGACAUUGAACUAGAAAAUGGAAAAGGAGGAAAGAAAAAUAAAACAUCAAUGAAUGUUAUAUUAGAUGAUGAAGAUGAAAAAGUACGAAUGACAUUUUCGUACCCAUCGUGGGACGAUGCAUGGAAUGUCGACUGGUCUCAUAAAAAGCUCAUUCGUAAGUCGAAACGAAUUUUGCCUAGAUCAUAUUUCCCAGUUCGAGUCAUGUUUCGACUACAAGAUAGUGAUGAUGCUGUGGAUCAAAAGAAAUUUAUAGAACUAUGGAAGAAGGAACUGGAGCAAUGCAAUCAUGUCCUUGAUGACGAAUAUUUCAAUGUCAAAUAUUUUUCACAUUUUGUUGGACCUCAGCUUAGCCCAGCAUGCGCUAUCGUUGGGGCACAUAUAGCACAGGAAGCAAUAAAG